AUGCAAGGAAAUAUAGCACCCUCUUCUAAAGCUGUCACACCUAUAAAGAUCACAAAUAAGUCAGUUAAGUUUCAUUUUUCCAUCACAAAAACUCGAGAAGUCUCUUAUGUCGAUUUAUUUGAAGCUAACAUGACCCAAAAAAUCAGCGAAACGAGCUCAACCUCAACAGAGUCAAAAUACUCUUACCAUGCUAUGAUGAGAAACAUGCUUUACAGGCUUGAAAACUUCGGCGAUCUUAGCAAGUUCGAAAAAACAGUUCAAAAGCGCAAAAAAGCCAAGCGAGAGCCUGACACUUCAAGUUCAGAAAGUGAGCUGCUUAGCCAGUUUUACGACUUAAAAGAUGAGUUUAUUGAUGAUUCUGAAAUAAAAGAUAAUUCGUUUGAAGACGAAACUCUAUAUGAAAAAGCUGUAAAAGAAGGAUUCUUCGUGGAGUAUCCAGAAGAGAUUUCAAGUGUAGAAAGUGUCCUUGAUUGCGAGUUUAAAAGGAAAAGAGUCAGCUUUGGUGAUCAUAAUGAUUUAGUGCAUGAGUACUUAAAUGAAUUGCAAAAAAAAUGUAAAAAUAUCAGGGGAAAUAAUCCACCGAUCCCUAAAGAAGCUUUCCCAGUUUUGCUGGAUUUAGGGGAAUUUACGCUAAAGCAUGAGCAUAUUGAUACUCAAAACUUAUAUGAAAUUGUAGGAAAAAUUCUCCAUGUGAAUACUAAUACAGCUGAAAAAGCUGUAGAAAAGCUUUUAAAGCAAAAAGAAAGCACAGAGCAAAGCAAAAAAGUAGCAAAAAUGCUCAAAUCGCUCAAAGAAAAGCUUAUGAGUGAAUCUAAAAGUGAUGAAUUUCAAUUAAACGUAGACAUCAAGAAUGAGUUUAAUAAGCUUUUAGACGCAAUAGAAAAAUUCGUUGCCAUGAAAAACUCAUUCAAUGAGAAAUUCAUGAAAUAUAAGAAAAAGAUGACCUACAAAGAAGAAGAAGCCAAAAUAAUUCCACAAUUAAACCUUGCAUGCAAUAAUAAGAUCGACUUCAAAGACUUAUCACUUAAAGAAAGCUCCAAACAAAUGAAUGGGUAUGGAACUAUAAGAGUCCCAUUGAAAGGAAGAUAUUCCUCAGGAAAUGAUAGAUUUUUUGACUCUUUUGUAAAAGUGAAAUGUGAAGAAGUUGAUUAA